AUGGAACCCCACCAAAACCAUCCUUCAGCAGAUAACCCUGAAUCCCACAACCAAGAAGAUGAAGCAAAAAACAAAACCCUACAAGAAGAAGAAGAAUUGAUGAUGGAUGAGUCUUCACAAGAAGAAAUUGAGGAGAUAAUAGGCUACAAAUUCCAUGACCCAAGUUUAUUACAAGAAGCCUUCACCGACUCAUCCUUUAAAGAAAACUGUUUAUCCUAUGAAAGACUUGAAUAUAUUGGUGAUUCAGUACUGAAUUUGCUGAUGGCAAAGGAACAUUAUUUUUUGUAUCCUGAACUUUUACCAGGAAAUCUCACUAAGCUUCGUGCGGCCAAUGUUAAUACUGAGAAACUUGCACGUGUGGCUGUGAAGUGCAAUUUGCAUAAGUUUUUACGUCAUAAGAAGCCUCUUCUUAGUCGACAGAUUCAAGAAUUUUCAGAGGCAAUUUCAGCCUACCCUUUGCACUCCACAGGGUUAGUUGCUGCUCCGAAAGUGCUUGCAGACAUUGUUGAGUCCUUAAUUGGUGCCAUAUUUCUUGACAGCAACUCUUCAUUGGACACAACAUGGCAGGUAGUGAAGAACUUAUUGCAACCGAUGAUCACUCUCACAACUAUUAAAACGCAUCCGGUAACAAAACUUCAUGAAAUAUGCCAGAAGAAUGGACUAAAAGUUGAAUUUGUUGACAUGUGGAAAGAAACGGGAGAGAUUGAAGUUUAUGUCGACCAUAAAUAUGCUGGAACAGGAAAAUAUUGUUCCAAGAGGUUGAUUGCACUGAAUAGGGCAGCAGCUAAUGCCUAUAACCACAUUCUGAAGAAGUUGAGCACUGAUGGUUUGAUCCAAUUGUAACAAGCAAUUAUGCAAUUGUAAUAAAUUAUAAGGA